AUCCGCUUUCGCUUUCGGCGCCCGUCCGUCUGUCCGUCCGCACAGCCCGCAGGGGGCAGAGAUCGGCCGUAGGGCAGAGUCCGGAGGCGGCAUGUGGGGGAGGCGGGCGGGGGCCAGGAUCUGCCGUCCCGUGUGGGGGUCGCGGCGGGCGAUGGGCACCGCCGGGGCGCGCCGGGGGCUCCUGGGCGACAAGGUGGCUCUUGUGACGGCUUCUACCGAGGGGAUCGGGUUCGCUGUCGCCCGGCGCCUGGCACAGGAUGGGGCCCACGUGGUGCUAAGCAGCAGGAAGCAGAGUAACGUGGAUCGAGCCGUGGCCGAGCUCCAAGCCCAGAACCUCAGCGUGUCCGGCACCGUGUGUCAUGUUGGCAUCGCCGAGGAUCGGGACCGCCUGGUAGCCACGGCCCUGGAGCGUCACGGGGGUAUCGACAUCCUGGUCUCCAAUGCGGCCGUGAACCCGUUCUUCGGCAGCACGCUCGACGCCAGCGAGGACGUGUGGAACAAGAUCCUGCAGAUCAAUGUGACGGCAACAGCCCUGCUGGUCGGCCUGGUCGUGCCCCACAUGGAGAAACGGGGGGGCGGCUCCAUCGUCCUCGUCUCCUCCAUCGCCGGCUUCUCCCCCUUCCCGGCGCUGGGCCCGUACAGCGUCAGUAAAACGGCCCUGCUGGGGCUCACCAAGGCCCUGGCCCCCGAGCUCGGCGCCCGCAACAUCCGCAUCAACUGCCUGGCACCGGGAAUCGUCCAGACCAAGUUCAGCUCCGCCCUGUGGAAGGACGAGUCCGUAAAGGAGAAAAUGAUGGAGAACCUGAGAGUGCAAAGGUUGGGGGUCCCGUCUGACUGCGCCGGGAUCGUCUCCUUCCUGUGCUCCCCCGACGCCAGCUACAUCAGUGGGGAGACCGUGGUGGUGGGCGGGGGCGCCCCCUCCCGCCUUUGAGCCCCCAGAACCCAGAUGGCCUGACGGAUGGACGGGUGGGCCCUGAUUGGCUUGACCCCAAACUGGGGGACUUGUGUGGGCUGAUGGCUAUUGAGGUGCACUCCUCAGGGGAGGGGGGUCUGGGAGAGAAGCAGGUUUGGAUGGCAGGAAUUGUUGGUGGCGCUAUAGGGAAGUGGGGGAGCAAGAUUUGGGGGGGCUGGAGACAGCCAGUGGAUCAGCUUUUGGGGGGGCAGGGCGCUGGGGUGAGGGAGGUCUCCUUUGGGGAGAAAGAAGCAGGGCAGUUUUGGGGAUGGGGGCAGGAAGGGGGGGCCCAAGGGGUAGAUGGGGGGCAGGGAGUGAGCAUGAGGGAAUUAUUGGGGUACACAUCUGGGAGGAGGGGUGGGGCAGGGAGGAGAAGGGGAGAUUUAGGCAGGCUGUGGUGGUGGAUUUUGGGGUUGGCCCCCCCAUUUGGGGAGGGGGGCUGAGUAUUGGGGGGCACGGGGACCCCGUGCCAUUUCCCCCCUUCCCCAUCUUUCUGGCUUCUAGUCACCUGCCAAAGAUUUGAUAAAUUAUCAGUGCAUCCUC